GAAGAAAUCAGUAUUCAAUAGAAUGUUAUAUGAGUGUGCUCUGUAAACUAUUCAAUACAAAUCUCCGUACCUAAACGAACAACGAUUUGAGUAGCACCAGUGCUUUAUUGCUGCGUAACGAGUCAGGUAUCCGUAAAGGCUUUAAAGAUUAUCCAUAUCAAUUCCCUUUUUAAUUUUAAUUAAAAGAAUAAAUUUAAACACUUUACGAAGAUAUUACUUUUCAAGGGCGGUAUUUUUCUUCAGAAGAGGAACGAGCACUACACCUUCGAAACUCAACGGGCGAAAAGUUCGCACCUUCGUUCUAGGGUACAUCACUCGAGUUGAAUUUGUAUAAAUUUUUUCAGAGUUUUCUCUAACCUCAAUAAUACUAGAGCAAGCGCUAUGGAUAUUGAAAAGUCGACCAAAUGGUCGUACGUGAAAGAGCGUAAAGUAGGUGAAGGAACAUACGCGGUGGUAUUUCUAGGUCGCCAGAAGGAAACGAACCGAAGAGUCGCUAUAAAGAAAAUCAAAGUGGGACAGUUUAAGGAUGGAAUAGAUUUAAGUGCUUUGCGUGAAAUUAAGUUUUUGAAAGAAACAAGACAUGUCAAUGUCAUUGAAUUGAUGGACGUUUUCGCAACCAAGUCGAAUCUUAAUAUCAUUCUUGAGUUCCUUGACAGCGACUUGGAAAUGCUUAUUAAAGACAAGUUUAUUGUUUUCCAACCUGCACACAUUAAAGCUUGGAUGCUUAUGCUUCUUCGGGGUUUACACCAUAUUCAUUCUCGCUUUAUCCUGCAUCGGGAUUUGAAACCAAAUAACCUUCUGAUCUCUAGUGAUGGAGUUCUAAAACUAGCAGAUUUCGGUCUUUCCAGAGAUUAUGGUAUGCCUAAUCACAUGAGUCACCAGGUCAUCACUAGAUGGUAUAGACCCCCGGAAUUAUUUAUGGGUUGCAGAAGCUAUGGAACAGGUGUUGAUAUGUGGAGUGUUGGAUGCAUUUUUGCAGAACUAAUGCUUCGUACUCCUUAUCUUCCAGGUGAAACAGAUUUGGAUCAAUUGAGCGUCAUUUUCCGUGCCUUAGGUAGUCCGGAGCCGGCCGUUUUACAGAGAAUGAAACAAUUGCCUAAUUAUGUUGACAUGAAAGCUAUUCCACCACCAAGUGGAGGAAUGGAAGCAUUAUUUUCGGCUGCUGGAACUGAAGAGCUGGACUUACUAAAGAAAUUUUUUGAUUAUGAUCCUUACAGCAGACCUACAGCCCAACAAGCCUUAGAACAUCCGUACUUUUCCUGUCUACCGCGUCCUACUCAUCCUUCUGAAUUGCCUAAAAAGGGCGGAGAAGAAGGCAUCAAGCAUGUCUCAAGUGAUUUGCAACGUCAGGUAAAUAAUUCUGUACGGCCAAACAUCAAGUUUGUCAGUUAGUCAAUUCUUUUUUUGGAUCUUCAAUCUUCCCUUUUUCUCAUCAUAGCUCCCUAGAUUCUUUAAAAGCUCUUCAAAAUAAUUUAUGAAUGACGAUUAUGUUACCCUA